GCUCUCAGCAGUAUGCCUGCCUCCCGAUUUCUGCUUCCCCCCUGGUCUUAUCCAGUGAGGUAUUGGCCAGGACACCACCAAGCCAGCUUUGCCCAAGCUGUGUCUACAGUAAGAGGAAAGAGGACCAGCGAGGGAGCAGAGUCAGCUGACAGCUGUUCUCAGUGAAGGCCCGUGCUCCCGCUCCUGAGCAGCGACCAUGGGCCUGCUCGCCUAUCUGAAGACCCAGUUCGCGGUGCACCUGCUCAUCGGGUUCGUCUUCGUGGUGAGCGGGCUGGCCAUCAAUCUCAUCCAGCUGGGCACACUGGCGCUCUGGCCCGUCAGCAAGCAGCUCUACCGCCGCAUCAACUGCCGCCUGGCCUACUCGCUCUGGAGCCAGCUGGUCAUGCUUCUGGAGUGGUGGUCGGGCACGGAGUGCACCCUGUUCACCGACCAGGCCACGGUGGACCGCUUCGGGAAGGAGCACGUGGUCAUCAUCCUCAACCACAACUUUGAAAUAGACUUCCUCUGUGGGUGGACAAUGUGCGAGCGGUUUGGCGUGCUGGGGAGCUCCAAGGUCCUUGCUAAAAAGGAGCUGCUCUACGUGCCCCUCAUUGGCUGGACAUGGUACUUUCUGGAGAUUGUGUUCUGCAAACGGAAAUGGGAGGAAGACCGAGACACUGUCAUUGAAGGGCUGAAACGCUUGUCUGACUACCCUGAGUACAUGUGGUUUCUCCUGUACUGUGAGGGGACACGCUUCACGGAAACCAAGCACCGCGUCAGCAUGGAGGUGGCCGCCUCCAAGGGGCUGCCACCCCUCAAGUACCACCUGCUGCCGCGCACCAAGGGCUUCACCACUGCAGUCCAGUGCCUCCGGGGCACAGUCGCAGCUGUCUACGACGUGACCCUGAAUUUCAGAGGAAACAAGAACCCGUCCCUGCUGGGGAUCCUCUAUGGGAAGAAGUAUGAGGCCGACAUGUGUGUGCGGAGGUUUCCUCUGGAAGAGAUCCCACUGGAUGAAAAGGAAGCAGCUCAGUGGCUUCAUAAACUGUACCAGGAGAAGGAUGCGUUACAGGAGAUGUAUAAUCAGAAGGGUGUGUUUCCUGGGGAUCAGUUUAAACCAUCCAGAAGGCCAUGGACUCUCCUGAAUUUCCUCUUCUGGGCCACCUUUCUCCUCUCUCCACUCUUCAGUUUUGUCUUGGGUGUCUUUGCAAGUGGAUCCCCCCUUCUGAUCCUGACAUUCUUGGGAUUUGUAGGCGCAGCUUCCUUUGGAGUCCGCAGACUGAUAGGAGUGACUGAAAUAGAAAAAGGCUCCAGCUACGGAAACCAAGAAUUUAAGAAAAAGGAAUAAUUAAUGGCUGUGAUUGAACACACAUAACCUGACGGUGGUAUCCAAUUAACUCAAUUAAAAACAACAACACACACAGAGCAGGGGGAAAAAGACACUUAGAAACUAUUUUUCUUAUUAACUGGUGACUAAUAUUAACAAAUAAAACUUGAGCCGAGCACUCAGAAGGCCUGCCAGAUGAAGACAGUGGCUUCUCCCUCCAGGCCUGCAUCCCUGGGGGGUGCCGCUACCCGCAGGGCGGUGGUCCCCAGCGGGCCACCCAUCACGCCAUCUGCGAGAACUCUGCCUCCGCGAGGGAGCCUUUGGCCGCUUUCUCUUUCUAACCUAGAUCGGUUUUCUGUUUGUUUGUUUUUACCAGUUAUUUCGGGAACUUAACCUGGCCCCUCACCUCUUCCCCGCACUCCCAAAAAACUGUAUCUUAAUGAAUUUUCCACUGUCCUCCUGGGAACAGAUUGACUGGGUCCCAGUUCCCCCAAGAGUUCGUUCAUCCCACUCGCUUGGCACGGCACCUUCGCUUCUAGACUGUGGGGGUGGGUUGCGUGGUGGAGUCCUCUUAGUGAUAAGCACAUACUGAAUGUAAAGCGGGUGGAUUCCUACCGAUCUAGUGUAUCACUUCUGCCCACCCCGGGGCGGGCCGAGGGCGAUUGCCCAUUUUAUUUUCUGGAACAUUGUCCAGAUUUCCUACUUAAUCCUGUGUGUAAACUCCUUAAAUCUGUUUUUAAAGUGAAAAGCCCCUGAGAAAUUGGUGAAAUGCAGGAUCUUCGUAUACGUUAUGCCGCUCCAUCCCCCUCCUCGCUGUGUUCUUGGGACCCCAUUCCCUCUGUGCUGUAAUGGGGAGGGAGGGAGGCCAUGCCAGGUCAACCCUAGCAGGCCCAGAGCCUAGAGCAAGGGACCCAGUAGAGACCCUCCAGCCCUGAGCCCAUGGGACUCUCUAGGAUGCUUUCCAAAAGUGACUGCACCAUUCGAUCUCAUUUUAAAGGUAGCUGGAGUACACGGAUACUGAGUGUGGUAGCUUUUAGAGAUUUUAUUUUUACUAUUGGCUGUUGGUGGCUCUCAGCUUCCUGCUGGGGACCAGAGGUGGGGAUGCCUUCCUCUCCUCUGCUUCCCUCCCCCAGCCUGUCCACUGCGUCCUUGGGGAGGAGCGCCUCCGUCCAGGCAGGUGUCUUAACAGCCCUGGAUCCCAGCCAGGGUGGCUCCCGUGUGCUGACAGAGAAGGGGCAGCUCAGCCUGCACUUGCUGACUCCGCCUCAAGGCGGUCCCUCUGGCAGGUGAGAGGUGCUCUUUCCAGAGGCCCAUAUGCUUGGCCCGGGACAGAAGCUCUGGGCUGAUGGGAGUGGAAGAGGCUCUCCCAACUGACCCUGGAGGGCCCAACCUCCCGCUCCGCUCAGCUGAAUCCUCCCACUGUCAAUCCACCUGCAUUUGGCUUUUUUUCUUAAACAUUCAACUUGUUUUAGCCAUUCUCCCCUCAUCUUUUUCAGCAAGGGAAUAAUGAAAGCUAAAAAAAAAACAAAAAACAAAAAAUGAGUGUUGUCUCUGACCUGUCAUGACAGGUAUUCUGAAUAGAGAAGCAAGUGGCAUGUUCUAGAACAGAAUGGAGGAAAGAAGCAUGGACAAAGCUGUAAAUUAACUUGAGGGAGUCAGCAUAAAGCAGUUUCAAGGGUUAGGGGAGCUGUGCCGUGGCAGUGCCAUUGCUACUGAGUUCCAUGUGGGUCACCUUGCUGGAGUGGAACGCUGCCGAGGUCCCACGGUGUGAGAAGGGACGGUGGGCAAGCACAGUCCCUUGCUGGAGUGGAGCGCUGCCGAGGUCCCACGGUGUGAGAAGGGACGGUGGGCAAGCACAGUCCCUUGCAAGGCUGUAGGGUCCACCAAGACACACUUUCAAACACUUUUGUCUUAGCAGGGAGCAUCUCUUCCACCAGGGAGAGUGACCACUGGAGAUGGGUCUUAUUUUUCUUCACAGAAGAUGCUGCUCAUCUGUCUCUGUGUGUUUUAGACCUGUGUCAUUUGCUAAUUCACUAACAUCCACAGAAAUCCUCAAGGAAAGUUGGGGGGUACUUCCAUGCACAUGCAUGACCUGGAAAAUGCAAAUUUAGACCUAUUGCUAUUUAAUGAAUAGUUUUUGUUUCCCAGAGAAGUUUCCUCCCUUUGAAACAAAUACAUAAUGUGUGAAUCCUGCACCGAGUCAGUGAAUGGGCUGCAGAAAAUCCUGGCUAAGUGGUGGCUGAGACUACGAGUGAGGGUUUUGAAUCUCGUGUGAUUUCCUUCAGAUCAACGCAGCUCAGCCUGUGCAUCUGAAUAGCAAGCCCUCUGAGAGCAAUAAAAACUACACCUUAAA